AUGUCAUCUUCAUCCUCAUCGUCAUCAACUUCUGAAACGUCAACCCUGGCCUUGAUGACUCCUCCCGACUCAUCGCCGGGCUCACCCACAAAGAUUCAGUCAGAGUACGAAUCGCCUUUCUCCUCUACUCCAAUCUCUCGAACACGUUCACCAGCACCCACCAAACCUUUCACCUAUACCGACUCCCUUCUUACCCUCACGGAUAAUGUAACUUCCUCCAUCGCUUCAUCCAUCUACUCAAUCGGUGGUGGACCAUUGAUCUCGGUAGCGAAAUUUGCGAUAUUGCAAAUGAUGAGUUCUCAGAUAUCUUAUGGGAAAUUAACUAUUAUCACUCCCCAAGGUGAAUCCCAUACUUUCCCUUCGGAAUCAAACAGUACACAAGAAGACGGAGAGGCAGAUGGGCAAAAGACAGAAGUUACGAUCAAAGUAUCAAAAGAUAGUUUCUGGUUGAGAUUGGUAGCUCAGGGCGAUUUGGGUUUUUCAGAAUCUUACAUGAUGAGUGAAUGUGAGGUUGAUGAUCUGGUAGGGGUCUUCAAGAUAUUCAUCAAAUCUUCACCUUCCUCAUCAUCAACCAACAUUUCUGGUGUCCGCACCAUCCCAUCUAGGAUCUUCUCCUUGAUCACCUCUUUGACCAACUCCCGAUUCGCUAACACCAUAACCAACUCGAUCUGUAAUAUUUCAGCUCACUACGAUCUGUCGAAUGGGAUGUUCAGCUCUUUCUUGAGUAAAGAUAUGACUUAUUCAUGUGCUAUCUAUCCCGAUCUAGAUAAAGAUUUGUAUGAUGGUACAGAAAUGAAGAGGAGACAAGGGAAGAUUGUAAAUGCUUACGAUAAUGAUAAAGGGGAAGACGAACUGGAGCAAGCUCAAUUGGCUAAACUAAGACAUAUAAUCAAGAAAGCGGAUAUCAGACCUGGACAUCGAGUAUUAGAGAUCGGCUCAGGAUGGGGAAGUAUGGCCAUUGAGGCUGUAAGACAGACCAACUGUACCGUUGACACCAUAACGCUUUCGUCUCAGCAGAAAGCUUUGGCUGAGGAUAGGAUCAAAGCUGCUGGUCUGGCAGGUAGGAUAAGGGUCUGGUUGAUGGACUAUCGAAAAUUACCAGAAUCUUGGAAAGGUACCUUCGAUCGAGUCGUCUCCAUUGAAAUGUUAGAAGCCGUGGGAAAAGAAUUCAUACCUGGUUAUUUCGGAGUCCUGAAUGAGAUGUUGAAUGAAAGCGGUGUAGCGUGUAUUCAAGUGAUCACCAUACCUGAAUCGAGAUUCGAGAAGUACCAACAAGAAGUUGACUUUAUCAGAAAAUGGAUUUUCCCAGGUGGCUUCUUACCUACUGUAACGUACACUUUAGACUCAGCUACUCAGGGGUCAAAGAAUAGAUUGGUACUUGAUAGUAUAUCGAAUAUAGGGCCCCACUACGCUAGGACACUAAGGGAAUGGAGACAUCGAUUCAUAGCUAAUUUCAAUGAUUCUGUCAUUCCUGCGCUGUUGGAUGAACACCCAGAGAUGGAUCAGGAGGAUAUUCAGGUAUUUAAGAGGAAAUGGAUAUAUUACUUUGCAUAUUGUGAAAUUGGAUUCUCGGAACGUGUAUUAGGUGAUCAUAUCUUUACGUUUGUUAGGGAAGGAUAUUCGGAUUACGGAUGUUCAACCUGUCAGUAA